AUGAAAUUAAUAUUAAUUUUAUCUUUACUUUAUUGUACGGCAAAUGCUGUCCCAAUAGAAGAAUAUGACUUUAAUGGUACCAAUUGGGUGGUAUUGGCAGCGGGAGGGGGUAUGAGUUUGGAGUAUGCCAUUGAAGCGGAUAUAUAUCACGCCUACCAAGUUGUCCGCUCGCGUGGAAUACCCGAAAAAAAUAUAAUAGUAAUGAAUUUGGAUGAAGUGGCUAAUAGUAAAUAUAACCCAACACCUGGUGUUGUAGUCAGUAGACCGGAUGGACCCGAUGUUUAUCAUGGAGUACCUAAAGACUAUAUUCAUAAUGAUGUCACACCAUUGAAUUUCUUAGCCAUACUUCGUGGUGAUCCAGUAUUGGCACGAAAUGGCAAGAAAGUGGUCAAAUCGGGACCCAAUGAUCACAUAUUUGUAUAUUUUAUGGACCAUGGUUCACCUGAUAUAAUAUAUUUUCCAAAAGAUCAACGAUUGUAUGGCGAAGAACUAAAUAAUCAAUUGAUUGAAAUGUAUAAACAGAAAAAAUUUGCAAAACUUGUAUUUUAUAUCGAGGCGUGUGAAUCAGGUUCAAUGUUUUCAAAAUUGUUGCCAAAAGAUAUCAAUGUAUAUGCAGUGACCUCAUCCUCACCAGUAGAGUCCAGUUAUGCCUGUUGGUAUGAUAAUAAAAGAAGAGACUACCUGGCCGGAUAUUUCAAUUAUCAUUGGUUGACAAACAGUGAACAAAGCGACUUAACAACUGAAACACUGGAACAACAGUUUGUAUAUAUUAGAGACCAUACGGUUAAUAAAGACCCGGCUAUUAAUGCUUCCAAUGGACAACACGCGCAACAAUACGGUGACCUAUCUAUUGGCAAACUACCCGUCUCUAUGUUUUUGGGAAAAACUAAUCCAAAAUAUCCAAUUAAAAGACCAAUGAUUGCUAAUCCAAAAGUUGAAGAUUUAGUUAAUACAAGAGAAGUUGCCAUAAAUUUGCUUCAGAAACGUAUUGAAGAAACUAAUGAUUUAAAUGAAAAGCAAAUAUAUGUUGACAAAUUAAUACAACUAUUAAAUAACAGAAAACUUGUUGACAAACACUUCGAGCAAUACGUUCAUUCAAUUCAACAUUUAUUAGGCAUUCAAUCAUUUAAUGAUAUCAACAAUGUUUUGAUUACAAGACAAGAGCUCAAUAAUAGACAGUGUUAUAGACAACUGGUCGACACAUUUGACGAUAAAUGUCUUAAAAUAAAUAAGAAUAACUAUGUAAUGCAAAAACUUAAUGUUUUUGUGAAUAUAUGCGAAAAAUUGAAUGAAACCAAUGAUGUGGACAACGCUGUCAAUGCAUUGAUAAUGUAUUGCAAUAACAACUCAUUACAAGUAGAAAAUGUUGUAUAA